GCAAUGCUGCUUUCUGUUGUGCAUCUGAAGGUCCCCCUUGUGGCUGGAAUACCUUUCAGUCUUACAAUUUGGCAAGUCCAUUCAAAUCUGCAUAAGACAGUCCCCAGGCAAGUCCCAAAACUCAAGGAUCCAUGCUUGUGUUGCCAUUCGACUAUCUCACCCUGAGCAGCAUGGCAGACUCUCUCUGUAGCCCGUUCCAUCUCUCUCCCAUGACUACUUCACAAACAAUCAAAGAGCGAGGCAAGUGGGCAAACAAGAAGGAGUUCAUCCUGUCUGUGGCCGGUGCUAUUAUUGGACUUGGAAAUGUGUGGAGAUUUCCAUAUCUUUGCUACAAGAAUGGUGGUGGUGCAUUCCUCAUUCCUUAUGUCCUGUUCCUUAUUACCUGUGGCAUUCCUCUGUUCACACUGGAGACAGCACUGGGCCAGUACACCAGUCUGGGAGGAAUCAUGUGCUGGAGGAAGGUGUGCCCCUUGUUUGAAGGAUUGGGAUACGCAAGCCAAAUCAUCACUUUCUAUAGUGCCAUCAGCUACAUGGUGAUUUUAGCCUGGGCAUUUCUCUACCUUUUCUCAUCCUUCUCCAGCAAGCUGCCAUGGGCCACCUGUAAUAAUACAUGGAAUACAAAUUCUUGUGUGGUACUGAACAGCCAUAAUGCCACUGCCAACUGGACCUCGCCUGUGAAUGCAUCAUCAUCUGUAAUAGAGUUUUGGCGUCAACGGGUGCUGAGAAUCUCCUCGGGCAUAGACUCCCUGGGACACAUACAAUGGGACCUUUCUUUGUGCCUUCUUCUGGCCUGGAUCAUCUGCUACUUCUGUGUCUGGAAGGGAGUGAGAUCCUCAGGAAAGGCUACCUACUUCACAGCCACUUUCCCCUUCGGAAUGUUGGUGGUGCUUUUAGUUCGGGGGAUUACCCUUCCAGGAGCCCUCCAUGGCAUCAAGUUCUACCUUUACCCAAGUCCUGGACGGCUGGCUGACCCACAGGUUUGGAUGGAUGCUGGAACACAAAUAUUUUAUUCGUAUGCUAUAUGUUUGGGAUGUCUCACAACGCUUGGGAGCUACAACAAGUACAACAACAACUGUUACAGAGACUCCUUGCUACUCUGCUUGUUGAAUAGCGGGACAAGCUUCCUAUCUGGCUUUGCCAUUUUCUCAAUUCUGGGCUACAUGUCACAAAAGCAAGGUGUUGACAUUUCUUCAGUUGCAGAGUCAGGUCCUGGCCUUGUGUUCAUUAUCUACCCACAAGCUGUGACCCUUCUGCCUUGGCCUCAGGCCUGGUCUGUGUGCUUCUUCAGCAUGAUCAUCUUGUUAGGAAUAGACGGUCAGUUUGCUGGGCUCGAGUCCAUCAUGACAUCCCUUGCAGAUGUCUACCCAUCCCAGAUCCGACAAGGGUAUCGCAGAGAGCUGCUUCUGAUGCUGGUCUGUGCUUGUUGCUAUACGCUUGGCCUGGCAUUCGUGUCAGAGGGUGGCGCAUACAUUCUGCAGAUCUUUGAUCACUAUGUAUGCAGUGGUCCCACACUUCUCCUGAUGGCUGUCUUUCAGUCACUGGUCAUUGGAUGGAUUUAUGGUGCUGAACGCUUCAGUGACAACAUUGAGGACAUGAUUGGGUACAAGCCUCUGUCGCUUCUCAAGUACUGCUGGAUGUAUGGCACCCCUGUUAUUUGCUCUGGAACGCUUGUCUUUUUGCUUCUGAGAUACACCCCCCUGAGGUUCAACAAGAACUAUGUUUAUCCUUGGUGGGCGUACGGUAUCGGAUGGUUUUUGGCCAUGUCAUCUGUUGUAAUGAUUCCAUUGACCAUGGUCUUCAAACUGGCCAAAGAAAAAGGGACUCUGUUGCAGCGUCUCAAGCAAAGCCUUAAAGCAGCAGAUGACCUUCCAGUGAUGGCAAAGGAAAUGGCAAGCUUCAGAGUCCCACUGAAUGUUCGUGAUGAUGGUAAACAUGGCAAUAUGUAAUGAACAGCCGGAUCACCCUUACAAGGGGAGUUUAUACAACAUUAAGGCUUUAUACCAAUCCUUUUAUUUUACAAAUAUAUAUAUAUUGAUUUCUAUAUAUGGUGGUAGUGCUCAUUUAUGGUUAUGUGUUUCCGGUGAGGUGAACUGUGGCUAUAGUGUAUUGAAUGUGUAAUAGUGUAAUGUUUUGUAUGAGAUUUUUACAUUUAUUUAGCAACCAACAACACUACGCAAUUAAAAGAUUAAAUAGAGUAAUGGUAUCCUGAGUAGAGAGAAAUUAAAUUUCCUCCCGGUAUGUUUUGUAAUCUGAGCUUUUCAGUUCCAAGUAGCAGUUUAUCAUAGUUUAUACAAAUGCAGCACAGUGACAGAAGGUUCUUUUGUCUGUUGGUUCACUUGUACCAUAGACGUCAGGGCACUUUGUAUUUCUUAUAUUUCACUUAUGACUUAUAGAUGUAUACAGUAUUGCAUUGUCUGUAAUCAUCUGCUUCUAGAUUUAUCUAGCACAAAAUACCCCAGAUCUUUUUCCCUCUCAGUGCACUGGGCCUGAGUCACUUUUCUUUUUAAUCUAAUGACAGUAUGACGUCGUCUAGUGACACCAUUAAGAAGAAGAAGAAGAAGAAUUUAUACUUUAUUGAUCCCGCGAGGGGAAAUUCGUUUUUACACUCUGUCUAGUAAACAUGCUACACAAACAUGAACUGAAAUACACACACAUGCACAAACAGGAUCCUGUGGACAUGCACUAAUGGAGAGGUCUCAGAGUGAGGGGGCUGCCCUACGGCGGGCGCUCCUGAGCUUGUGGGGGGGGGGGGUUAGGUGCCUUGCUCAAGGGCACCUCGGCAGUGCUCAGGAAGUGGCCUGGCACCUCUCCAGCUACCAGACCAAUUUCCGGACUUGGUCCGUGCCGGGACCUGAACCGGCGACCUUCCGAUUCCCAACCCAAGUCCCUACAGACUGAGCUACUGAUCUAUGGUGUCUGCAUGUCCCAGCCGUUUUAUAACAAACACAAAAUCAUAUUGCUGUCUAUAGGCAAGGCAUUACUAUAGCUCCACAUUGUUAAGAUAGUUACUGUUCACGUCACUUGUUAUUAAAUAAACAUGCUAACACUUCGAAAUAUACAUAAAGUCAUGUCCUGAGAUUAUUCCAGCAGCUAAUGAAAAGCAUAUUUACCAAAAUGUCUAACUUUUUGUCCUUAAUGCUUAAGUAUAUUUGCAUUGUGGUUUUUGUAUAUUGAACAUAUUUUCUUUUUUUAGUAAGGGGAAAAUUGUUAAACAAGGGAGUGAUUUCUUACUUCUUACUUUGGAAUCAUAAUGUGUGACAUGGAAAUGACUCAACACAAUCUUUGUAACCUUGAGAUAAAGCUGUUUACUUUCAAUGAGGGAUUAUCAGCAGGCCUGUCUGUGACCUCAGUGACCUUCUGUACAUGUUUUCAAUGACCCAACCCUAACUGUGACCUAUGACUUCUGUGACCUCUCGAGCUCUUCUCCGGUUCCUUUUCUAUGUUGUUCUUAGUGUCCUGUUUGUCUGAAUGAACAGCCUGAGCAGCAGUUAUUCUGUUAUUUACAGAGUAGGCUCCUUUCACACAUGCACUUAACACCUGUUCAUGUUUUGGACCUUAAAGGGGUUUUCUGCUGUUUCUGUUUUUUUAUGCUCUUUAGUGUGUUUUCCAAGUGUCCUGUACAUGUUUAGGCACAUCUAUGUGCAAAAAUUAAAAGUCCGCGGAAACGCGGCUUCUCCUACGUCCUCCUGUUAGCUGUAGCAUUAGCUGCAUGUAAUGCUCGGUUCUAGCCCCCCUCGAAAAAAAAUUGCCAGUGUGACGUCUUGUCAGUGUGAGAUCACUGAUCUAAGCCCAUUGGCUCGUUGUGGCAAGCCCUGCAGCUCAUGUUGCACGCCCAUUAACUUCUGUAGCACGCCCACGAUAUGCCGUAGCCUGCUCAUGUUUUUGCUCCCCUCGGAGCCAAAGUGGCUGCAUUCCCAAUAUGGUAAAAGGGGCGUGACAUUUGCGAGAACCGUGCUGAGCAACUCACCAAUUACGGCAGAGCCGACAGGCCAACCAAUCAGAUCAGACUUGGCACACGUGGGGACUCUGAACGUGGGCACAUCAGAGCCUUAGAGAGAGUCAGAAGCGAGCCGGUGCAUGGAGCAGCAGUAAAUGAAAACAGACACUUUUUUAUAACUUUAGCUAUUGUGAACAUACUUUAGUAGAUACAUAGAUUAAAUAUAUGAACCCCAAAAAGGGCAUAAUUUGACCUCUUUAACCUGCAGGGCUGGUUUUGAGAACACAAAUAUCACAUUUAGUUAUGUCCAUGUAAACACGGCUCCAACAACAGUACAGCUGUCAGGCCUCAUUCUUCUCAGUCAUUGUAGACAGUCAUGACUCAGAGAGACAUUUACAGAGGAUAUACUUGAUUUCUGCUGGAUUCAUAUGUAAUAUGUCACACAUUCUUCCUUUAAGUAUUAACAGCCAUUUUCAAAAGCAAGUAGAGACAGGUCAGGCAGCAGACAUGCAGCAAUAUGCAAACUCUGCUCAUGCAUGCUGUGUGAACUUGUGUACUGUAAACAUCAUCAGAUAUUAUCAGGUAUUGUAAAAUACAUUUCUUCUCUUUCUUACAAAGUGACCUCUAAGCAAUACAAACUCUACAAGCACAAAACACAGGUUUGGUGUUUUUUUUUUGCUACUCAGAUUAUCUACACUUUCUUGUGACUGGUGUUGACAAAAUCAAGGAGUGAUAAUGCUUAUCAUUUUCUUAUUUAUAUGUUUUAUUUGUAUACCUUUUUUAUCUAUUUUUUUCAACAAAUAGAGACAGGCUUUUUUUCUUUUAUUUUUUUGCCAAAAUAGAUAUACCUCCUCAGAAGUGUUAUACUUGCUGCUUAAAUUUCUAGUAUGACAAAUCUAACAGUGCCUUAAACACUACAGCUGACACUAACUUUACUGUUUUAGGUUCAUAGCAUGUCCUUAGUUUUCUUUAUUGGUGUUUUUUUUUAAAUAUAAAUUAGCUUUUCUUUAUGUAUCACUUAUUUGUGGAUGAAAUUGAAUAGUAAAAUACUUAAUGG